UAGGAAUGAAAAGCAGAGUUUUGGGAACUUACGCACUCAUAAGAAUACGAUACAUUUCGGUAAUUUUAUGAUCCAAAUAUCCAUUAUCUUCAAUUGGCGAGCUAUAUGGGCGGGUCUGAGCUAGUGUGGGUUGGGAGGUCACUGGGUUUUCUACUAUUGAUACCAGGAAUUCUGGGUUGGGGAAAGGAAGGCCACUAUGCAAUUUGUAAAAUAGCUGAGGGAUAUCUAACUGAAGACGCUGUAGCUGCUGUGAAAGAAUUGCUUCCAGAGUCUGCUGGAGGUAAUCUUGCGGCUGUUUGCUCCUGGCCUGAUGAGAUUCGCUUUCGUCUGCGAUGGAGUAGUGCUUUACAUUAUAUUGAUACACCAGAUUUUAAGUGUAAUUAUGAGUACUGCAGAGACUGUCAUGACUCUGCUGGACAUAAAGAUAGAUGUGUAACUGGAGCAAUUUACAACUACACAAUGCAACUUGCAUCAGCUUACCAGAAUACCAAUUUAAAAUUGCAUUACAAUUUAACGGAGGCACUUAUGUUCUUAUCACAUUUCAUGGGAGAUGUCCAUCAGCCCCUACAUGUUGGUUUCACUGGAGAUGAAGGUGGGAACACAAUAGUAGUGCGAUGGUUCCGUCGGAAAUCAAAUCUCCACCACGUAUGGGAUGACAUGAUCAUUGAUUCUGCUCUAAAGACAUUCUAUUAUUCAGAUCUUGAAAUCAUGAUUAAAGCCAUUCAAAGGAACAUUACAAAUGGUUGGUCUGAUGAGCUAUCAUUAUGGGAAAACUGCUCACAUAAUGACACAGUUUGUCCGAACCCGUAUGCUUCUGAAAGCAUUAGUUUGGCGUGCAAGUUUGCAUACAAGAAUGCCACGCCAGGAAGCACUCUGGGAGAUGAUUAUUUUCUUUCAAGGCUGCCAAUUGUGGAGAAGAGGCUAGCCCAAGGUGGGGUCAGACUAGCUGCUACACUCAACCGUAUCUUCACUCCUCAAUUGCAAAUUGAUGAUGAUAGACUACUAGAGUGGGCGAAUGCCAUCUAAUAUUAUAGUAGUUGUUGCUGAGACGACAUCACGAGUCAUGAUGCAAAUUAAUUAAUUAUCAUUUUUAAGCUUCUCUCAACGAUGAUGCCCUUCUACAUACCAGAAUAUGCCCCGACCUUGCUUUAAAUUGUGGCAGACUCGCCGUUGGGAUUGGGGCGGCUACUUUAAAUAGUGGCAAUUAUAAACUUGUACUCAAUGAUUAACUUGUAUAUAUAACUCAUUCUCUUGUUUCA